UCCACUCGUCUUCCAGCUCCUUGUCCGCUGCUGCUGCUGCCCAUCUGUCGCGGAAUGUGUUGAAUUGCGGUUUACUUCCGCGUACCCAUUUAUCCUGAAGACGAUGCCGAUUUUCUUCCGCUACUGUAGGUUAUGAUUCAUCAAAGAUUUUCAGGGUUCAGACUUAUGCAGACAUUUUUCCCUCAAGUGGAGAAACGGAGACAACGGGGUGUAGCGUGUUCGAGCGUUGAAGAAUCUCUGAUUUGGUGAGAGACGGUGCAUGGUCGGUUGUUUCGAGGGUUUUUGAUUUGUAAUUGAAUUGAGUCAUUUUCGUCUUUUACCUCUUUUUUUUUUUUGGGUUUUGUCGGAGCUUGGAGAUGGGAGUUGAGGUGGUAUGUCAGAUGGUGAAGUCUAGGGUUUUGUAUUUAUGGGCUGUGACUGUGGGAGUCUUGGUCGUUCAAGUGGUCGCAAUCAGACCCGAUCAGACUUCGAAGAACAUGGGAGAAACGAGGGUUGCUUCCUUUGCGCUGGGAUCCUUUUGGCGAGGAGAGGCAGCGUUUGGUUGUUUGCCAGGGGUGGUGAGAACUAGGGCGGGGUAUGCGGGAGGGUUGAAACAAAACCCUGAUUACCACAGCGUUGGCGAUCAUGCCGAAGCUGUAGAGGUAGAAUAUAACCCAAGCAUGAUCUCGUUUGAGCAGCUGUUGAAGGUUUUUUGGGCCAAUCACGAUCCCACUCAAAUUUUCGGGCAGGGUCCAGACGUUGGUCCGCAGUACAGGUCGGUGGUUUUCACACAAGACGAUGAGGAAGCUGCUGUAGCCGCAAAGAGCAAAGCGGCGGAGCAGAAUAAGCUGCCACAGAGCGAAGUUGUGACAGAGAUUCAGAGUAUGGGGGUUUUCUACCUCGCAGAGGCAGAACAUCAGAAAUUCGAGCUUCGAAGGAAACCCCAAUUGUUCCAACUUUUGGGCGAUAUUUCAGACGAAGACCUGACUUCUUCAGUUUUGGCGACGAAGCUGAACGGAUAUGCUGCAAAUUUGUGCCCUCCAAACAUGAAGAAACUCCUGGAUACUAAGGUCAGUCCUUUUCUGCUGACUCGACCUAAUCUACAGCAGAUUCUGCAGUUUUAGAUGUGAUGCGCCUUAUAUGUAGAUUGACAUGCUGGUCGUUUAGUUCUGUAAUUUUGCUCCCAUUUAGCAAUUUCAAUUUUACUGUGUAGGUGUUCAAAUCAGAUCCUGUGGUGUCUAUGGGAGUUGUGACAGUAUUUAGGGUUGCAAAUCUAGAGAGGUCACAUUCAGUGUUUCAAUACAGUAGUCAAAUCACAAUUUAAAAUGUAAGCUUUGUCCAAAUCUGUAAUUUAAGUAAAUUUCUUCCAGUUUCAUUUCCA